AUGGACGACCGGGCCUUCGGUGUGCUCGAAAGGGCAGUCCCGGCUGUUCAGGCGACCAUCCUGGCAGACUUCCGGCCGCGCAGAGAGGGCGAAGAUGACUAUUCCGCUCUCGUCAUGGGCUUCCUGCGUUCCAUCGAGUCCCGCACGGGCAAUGCCCCCCGAGGUGGGCGAGGAGGAAACCGAAGAGACCACGAUCGCGACGACUCGCAAUCCGCAGACGACUCGCGGUAG